AUGCCUGAGCUGGAUGGCCUACGAUAUGGGGGGCCCAUUGAUGGCAGUUCCAGUCCCGCGAACCAGGUCCAGCGCCAGAAGAUUGUCGUAGUUGGUGAGAAAAUUAUCAAGCAUGAUACAGAGCGAAAAGUUGACAUUGUUGUCAUUGGCGAAGAGUCCCACGUAGCAUACAACCGCGUUGGACUUUCGACGUUUUUCGAACAUCGCAAGAUUGAGGAUCUAUACCUUAAUCCGACAGAAUGGUAUGACUCGUUCGAAGAACGAGCCUUCGAUCACCACCUCAAUACACGAGUAACAGCAAUCAACCCCACGGCGAAAACAGUCCAAACCUCCACCGGUACCACAAUCGACUAUGACAUCCUCGUCCUGGCAACAGGAUCCGAUGCCACUCUCCCAACACACACACCCGGCCACGAUGCCAAAGGCGUCUUUGUAUAUCGAACUAUCUCGGACUUGGAACGCCUCAUCGUUUUUGCAGCUCAGCAUAAAGGCGAAACGGCUGUUACAGUAGGAGGUGGACUUCUAGGGUUGGAAGCUGCAAAGGCAAUGACAGAUCUGAAGACUUUCGGAAACGUCAAAUUGAUCGAUCGCAAUAAAUGGGUGCUAGCACGACAACUCGAUGGAGAUGCAGGAUCGUUGGUCACUCGCAAGAUCAGAGAGUUGGGACUUGAUGUCGUCCAUCAGAAACGGGUGAAGAUGGUUCAUACCGACGAGGGGAAGAAUGUGGAUGGCAUUACCUUUGAGGAUGGUGAGAGGAUCGACUGUUGUUGCAUUUGCUUUGCGAUUGGAGUCCAACCUCGAGAUGAAUUGGGUCGAGACAUUGGAAUUCAGUGCGGUGAGCGUGGAGGAUUUGUGAUCGAUGAAAAUCUGCAAACCUCGAUCCCGGAUAUCUACGCUGUCGGGGACUGCGCAAGCUGGGAGAACCAGAUAUUCGGAAUCGUUGCUCCGGGCAUUGAGAUGGCCGAUGUGCUCGCUUUCAAUUUGACCAACCCAAACAAACCGCCUAGGAGUUUCAACCGACCAGAUCUCAGCACGAAGUUGAAGCUUCUCGGAAUUGACGUCGCUAGUUUCGGUGACUUCUUUGCCGACAGAGAUGGGCCGAAGUUCCUUCCCGGUCGUCGGCCUUCCAUUGUCCCUGGCUUGGGAGGGAAUCAUCCACGAGAUGAACCCCCUGUCAAGGCCUUAAUAUACAAAGACCCCUUCAGUGGAGUGUACAAGAAAUAUUUGUUCACCGGGGACGGCAAGUUUUUGCUUGGUGGCAUGAUGAUCGGAGAUACCAAGGACUAUCUGAAGCUGAAUCAGAUGGUUAAGCUCCAAAAAGUACUUGACAUUCCUCCCAGUCAAUUAAUCCUUGGUGCCCAGAAUGGCGGGGAGGAAAAUGCAGAUGACCUUAAUGACAGCACCCAGAUCUGUUCAUGCCACAAUGUCACCAAGGGCGAUGUGGUCGAGUGUGUGGAGAACGUCUGCUCACAUAUCCCUUAUUCCCGAGCCGAUCUGUACGGCUUCGUGGCCAUCAAGCAAUUGAAAUCCUUCGUCGACAUCAUGAAAACUGUCGGAAAGAACCCAGAGUCCCUUGGUUGCGAACUGUGCAAGCCCGCAAUCGCAUCCAUUCUGUCUAGUCUGUUCAACCCCCACAUCAUGGACAAGGGUUUCAAUGACUUGCAGGAAAUAAAUGACAAGUUCCUCGCCAACAUCCAAAGAGAUGGCACCUUCUCUGUGGUACCCAGAAUCCCCGGUGGUGAAAUCACGGCCGAUAAACUCAUUGCGAUCGGGUCCGUCGCCAAGAAAUACGGUCUUUAUUGUAAGAUCACCGGUGCCCAGCGCAUAGACAUGUUCGGUGCAAAGAAGCCGGAUCUUCUAAACGUCUGGACGGAACUGGUGGAUGCGGGUAUGGAGAGUGGACACGCCUAUGCAAAGGCUCUUCGUGCAAUUAAGAGUUGUGUUGGAACCACAUGGUGUCGUUUCGGUGUCGGUGACAGUGUCGGCAUGGCGAUUCGACUGGAAGAGCGAUACAAGAGUAUUCGUGCCCCACACAAAUUCAAGGGAGCUGUAUCUGGUUGCGUGCGAGAAUGUGCCGAGGCCCAAAAUAAAGACUUUGGACUCAUUGCCACUGAAGGUGGGUUCAACAUCUUUGUUGGAGGCAACGGAGGCGCAAAGCCCAGACACGCCGAGCUUCUUGUUGCGGACCUACCAGCGGAGAUGGUGAUACCCAUCAUCGACCGCUACCUGAUUUUCUACAUCCGUACCGCCGAUAAACUCCAACGAACAGCACGAUGGAUCGAAACCCUCCCGGGCGGAAUUAAGUACCUCAAAGAGGUUAUCGUAGAUGAUAAACUUGGACUCUGUGCCGACAUGGAAAGGCAAAUGCACGAACUCGUCGACAGUUAUUUCUGCGAGUGGACCGAGACCGUCAAAGACCCCAAGCGCCGAAAGGUCUUUCAACAAUUUGCAAAUACGGACGAGACUGUCGACACAGUCGAAGUUGUCCAAGAACGAUCUCAGCAACGGCCAACAGACUGGCCAAAGGACACCUCCGAACGAGAGAAUUUCAAAGGUCACAAGUGGUCAAGCGUCUCGUGGGAGCCGGUUAUCCGAGCAGAUUGUUUCUCUGACGAGCCACCGCGGGUCUCAUCGGCGAAUGUCAAGCGCGGCGACACGCAGCUUGCUGUCUUCAAGAUUAAGGGUAAAUUCUAUGCAACGCAGCAGAUGUGUCCGCAUAAGCGAGCCUUUGUUCUGUCUGAUGGCCUUGUUGGCGAUGACGAUGCUGGGAAAUAUUGGUUAUCGUGUCCGUAUCACAAGCGGAACUUUGAGCUCAACGGUGAGCAGGCGGGUCGGUGCUCAAAUGAUGAGAGCAUGAGUAUCGCUACAUUCCCUGUUGAGGAGAGGGAUGAUGGCUGGGUUUAUAUUCAACUCCCGCCAAUUAAGGAGUUGGAUUUGAUUUUAGGGACGAAGAAGUGGAAAGUCCGUAGGGGGGAGGCGGAGGAUCCUUUCCUCAAGGUUGAUAAGCAGUUCAAGGGUAUGAAGGGAAAGAAAGUUCUGGAUGGUUUCUUGACUCGUGACCCGGUACAGUCAGCUAAGUCGAUUGACUGGUAA